AUCUGCAUUCCAGGCAUGAUACUAUCUAAUCUGAUUAUAAAUCGCAGAGUUUUAAACAUUGUCUGACAAGAAUAUUCAUAAUUUGAUAAUGUCUUUGCGAUUGGCGAUUCAUUUCCGUCACAAUUUGUGGAGGAAUGACACUGCUUAACUUUUGAGUAUCGCGUGAAUUAAUUCGUGAUUCAAAUACGUCAGUUUCGGAAUAUGAACAUAACCUCCCUUGUAAAAUUGUAAUACGCUACAUUAUCUCCUGAUUAUUUGUAAUUUUACUGUAUUUAAAAGGGUUGUCAACAUUAUGACUUCUCAUGGCAAAGCGGAAACUGAAAGACUAAAAAAGAAUCUUGAAGAACAAUUAGACAGACUUGUGCAACAGCUAGAAGACUUGGAAGAAUGCCGAAGUGAACUAGAACAGUCUGAAUACGAUGAGACAAAGGCUGAAACCAUGGAGCAACUCAGAGAUUUUAACGAAAGUCUGCAGCGAAUGAUCUCAGGGGAUAUGACUCUCGUCGAUCACCUUGGAGCAAUGCAGCUGGCGACACAAGCUGCAAUUAGUGCAGCCUUCAAGACCCCUGCAGUUAUCAGAAUGUUUGGUAAGCGUGAACCAGGACAACUUAGGGAACGUUUGUCUCAAGUCGAGCGAGACACAAAGCUUGGAAAGUUGACCAAAGAAGCUAGUGAGAGACAGCGUGGUGAGAUUCUCAACGCUCUGAGGCAGUUAGGAGAAAAGUUGAAUCAAUCCGAACUACAGUUAAUUGAAAAAUUAUCCCCUGAUUUGGCUGUUGAUGGCAAUUAUGUCCACGUAGUCCCAAAUUCCGAAAAAGGCAAAAUAGCUUUGGCUCUUGCUGGAAAAGAAAUAAGAGAGAAUGAAUCUACUUGAUUGAAGAAUCAGCAACGAAAAAGUCGUUUGCUCGCGCCUGAUGGUAUUUAAAAUUCCACACCUAUUGAGAUUCAACAAAUAACUGAGAUCAAUCCACAUCCGAAUAAUUUUUUUGAUGGCACUAAACUCGGCCAUGAGUUUUUUGACCUUCUGACAUUGUUAGAUUGGAUGUGCCUGUUGUCAGGCUCUCAACUUACUCAAAAUCAGUUCCAUGUUAUUCAUGAGUGUUACUAAGGCAGAUACAGAUAAUAAGAUGAUCCACUUAUAUGUAAAGAGUUUAAAAACCUAUGAAUCACUCGUAUGUAUUGGUACAUAUUUAUAAAAUUGCCAUAUCAAAUUAAUUAUUUAUACGCCUAGCUUAUUGUAUGGCGUGAAAAUGUUUGAAAUACUUUUAUGUACACCUAGAUAUGUACCCUAUUGUUACUGAAAAUAUAAGCCUUUGACCAUGUAAUUGAUGAUCAUUGAUGUACACCGAAUAAUUAGAAAAAAUGGUGAAAUAUAAGUUUUAACUAAU